AAACGCUCUGCUAAGCGGUUCGGUCGAAUCACUAAAAAGUAUCGGUUCAAAAGAAUGAUUCCUUUUCGAAUCACAAGUGGAAAUUCAGUCGCAAUACGCUAUACAGUGGAUUUAGAUAUCGGAAUAAACAACACAGCCCAUGUCUUUCCUCUGUCUUGCGCGUAAUAACAAAACUGAGGGGUGUUUCUCGGCGCCGUCAGUGCGGAGCGCUCUUCGCGCUCUGCCGCGCGCGUCUGUUGGUUUAACUUGGUUAUUGGAGAGGCGCGCGGUCACCGCAUUUCAGCAGAACACCGAGCGCAGGAUGGCCGAGAGUCACGGCGAGAUCAGCGGCCACGACUGUCGGCGCGCGGCUCCGGUACAGACCUUCAACCACAGAUCCUCCAAAUGGGUCCGUUUGAACGUCGGCGGCACGUAUUUUCUGACCACCAGACAGACUCUCUGCCGGGACCCCAAAUCAUUCCUGUUCCGACUGUGCCAAGCGGAGCCAGACCUCGAUUCUGAUAAGGAUGAGACAGGGGCAUAUUUGAUUGACAGGGAUCCCAUGUAUUUCGGGCCCAUACUGAAUUAUCUGAGACAUGGAAAGCUGGUCCUCAACAAGAACCUGACGGAGGAAGGAGCUCUUGAAGAGGCGGAGUUCUACAACAUCACAUCAUUAAUAAAAGUCAUCAAAGAAAAGAUCAGUGAAAGAGAAGCUAAGACGACACACACCCCAGUCAAGCAUGUUUACAGAGUGUUGCAGUGUCAAGAGGAAGAACUUACGCAGAUGGUCUCAACCAUGUCAGACGGAUGGAAGUUUGAGCAGCUUGUCAGUGUAGGUUAUGGGCGGGCCCAGAAGUCAGAGUUUUUCCUGAUUGUGUCUCGGGAGGUGAAGGGGGAGGAGUCAAGCCAAACUCACCCCGCCCACAGUGGAGAGUUGGUCAGUAUCGGCUCUUCCUAUAACUAUGGUAAUGAAGAUCAGGCGGAGUUCUUGUGUGUUGUUUCUAAGGAACUGCACAACCAAUCAUAUAGCAGCAACACACAGCCCAGUGAGAAAGCAAAGAUCCUACAGGAGCGCGGAUCUAGAAUAUGAUCAUCUAGAGCUCCCGUGUUUUGAGACAUAUCAGUUCUUUCUAGAACAUUCCAUGAGCUUGUUCUCUUCACGCCUCAAAGAGCACUGAAGCACGCAAGCAACACGUGAAGAGCACGUCCACUUAAGGUGCCUGUUAAUCUGUUGGAAUAAAAACUGGGAUGCUUUGUUUUGAUCUUCUGGUCGGGAUCUGAAGAACUGGACCGAUGUAAAUCUCAGGGAUCAAAAGGAAAUGUUCACGUCACUCUGAAUCACUGCCCACCUGUUACAAUCACAGUCACUCUAUAUACAGUGGGGUCCAAUAGUGAUAAUGCUUCAAUUUUGCAUUUUCUAAUUUCAAACAAGUACUUUUUGUUACAAAAAUAUCUUAGUAUUUGGUUUGUCUCUGUUUUACUUUAAUGACACGAACAAAACCGGAUCAUCAUGUUCACUGUUUACACUGAGCUUCAGUGGAAGCAGGAAAAUCUGAGCAUGAGUCACAUGAUCAAUGUCAUUCAUUUACUUACAUUUGAUUAGUCAUAUAGAAAUAUUUUGUCUUAAUGGAACACCAGAACUUUUUCUUUGUUUUAACCUUUUCAGAAAGUUUAAGGUUCCAGAUUUUUAUUGUGGUUUCUUUUGGACCCCACUGUCUUAUGAUUUGUAUAAACAACAAAAAGUUAACAAUAGUGAUUUUAAAAAUCGGUACUAAUUUUGCAGUGGCGCCACAGUUGUAGUGCUGAGUAACACUUCUCAGUGUGAGAUUUCAGAAGUUUGGGGUCUGUAAGUUUUGAAAUAUUAUGCUCUUCUGCUAACCCAUGCUGCAUUUAUUUGAUCAUAAAUACAGUAAUAUUGUGAAAUAUUAUUGCAAUAUAAAAUAAGUAUUUUCUAUUGUAGUAUCUUUUAAAAUAUAAUUUAUUCCUGUGAUCAAAGCUACAUUUUCAGCAUCAUUACUCCAGUCUUCAGUCACAUGAUCCUUCAGAAAUCAUUCUAAUAUGAUGAUUUGCUGCUCAAGAAACAUUUAUUAUUAUUAUUAUCAAUGUUGAAAACAGUUGUGCUGCUCAAUAUUUGAUACAGUGUUACACUUUAAUUAGGAUUAUUUGAUGAAGUUCCAAAAGAACAGCUUUUAUUUGAAAUAGAAUCUUUUGUAACAUUAUAAAUGUCUUUACUGUCACAAUUUAAUGCAUCCUUGCUGAAUAAAAGUAUUAAUUUCUUAAAAAAAAAAAAAAUCUUACUGACCCCAAACUUUUGAACUAUAUCUGGAAACCUGUAUGUUUUAUACUCCUUUUUAAUGUGAACAUUAUUGCUUUUGCACUACUGCUAUUAUUAUUAUUAUUAUUAUUAUCCAGGCAAUAUUUCAGAGGUAUCAGUAAAUGCAUCCUUGCUGUUAAGAAAUUUGUUAGUGUAUCUUCUUACUGUAUGGCUGGACCUUAAAGGGAAAGAGCUUUUCUGUCUGUCAAUCAAGAGGAAAGACGGGAUAGUGGAAGCAUAUAUGACACCUUGCACAUUUUGAUAUAUGGACAAACAUUAUUAUACAUCCUAUAAGGUAACAAUAGAUGCAUUUGUAUGUCAUUUUUGAAAAUGCUAAACACAUUUUGUAGUUUUUGGUAACUAGUAAAAUCUAAAUCUGUACUGCAAAAUCUCAUAUCACUAUAAAAUCCAAGUAGCUGAAUGUAGCAACACACAUCCACACACUUUUAAGACAUAAAUGCAUUUUUAACAAAUA